CAAUAGCUAACAUCAAAGUGCAAUGCCAACCAGUGAAGCAAUUACGAGUAUAUGAAAAUUAUACAAAAUGGAAAUUAGUUUUGAAGGAAUUCUUGGUUAAAUACCAACUUGCUUUCAGUCGCACUUCGAUUGCUGUCCGAUAUGCUGAAGCAAGUUUCUUGUUGCCUAGUGGUACAAGCCGCCCUCAUUUGGUGCUGUUCAUUAGCAGCAUUGGAUGAUUUACCACCAGACUUUCCAAGAUGUCGCCGCAACGACCCUCAAAUAGAAAAAUGUUUGAUGGAUGCCAGCGAAACGUUGAGACCCUAUUUGAGAACUGGAGUGCCAGGUCUUUUACCUGCCGUCCAGAACUAUACGAUAAGGAAUAUGGUGAUGAAAGACGGGAACGAUGCUCUCAACUACAGGAUGGAGAUUCCUGAAGUUGUUUUCUACGGGAUGGAUAAUUAUGAAAUGAAAAAGAUUAGUUUCGAUCCCAAAUCGUUGACGUUUUACAUGGAGUACGUCUUCCAGGAACUUGAAAUGAAAGGAAACUAUAAUUUACAAGGGAGGAUAUUUUUUGCUCCUUUGAAUGGGCGAGGCUCAUUCCGUGUCCAUUUGUCUGGCACACGAGUUUCACUUCUUCUGAACAUGAAAGUGGUCAAAAAGAAUGGCGUUGAAUAUUUGAAGACGAUUCGUUCUGUUCCACAAGUAGAUACAGGCGAAAUCAAAGACUAUGACUUUGAGGGUCUUUUUGCGGAAAAUGGUAGCAACAAUAAUGAAGUUGAUCGUGUGGUGAAGAAAGUAGUGGACGACAAUUUGGGCUUCAUAGUGAAGGAAAUCCGGCCGAAUAUUGAGAAUUCUCUAAGGUGGUUCUUCAUCGAUGUCCUGCUCAAGUCGAUCUUACAAGUACCAUACAACAAACUGUUCCCUAAAUAGUGUGUUCAACAUCAUUUGUUUUUUUAUACGUAUUUAAGGUGGUUUCGUCUAAGAUAGAUCAGAGUUAUCUAGUCCUUAAGACUUAAAUGCAUACGUGAGAAUAUGUAAUACAUAGGUAUAAUAUAAAUGUAGGAAAACAAUAAAAGUCAUAUAAAAUACAUUUCACUCUCCAUUGUGUAUACGGAACAAUAUAUCAUUAGGAUGAGUUAAAUCUAUUAGAAAUGAUAAAGUGUUUGACCAUGUUAUGGCAUUUCUAUUUCAUUCCAGCUUAAUUCAAAUGUUUGGGAAGAAUCGACAAGUAUGAAAAAAUUUUGAUGUUUAUUAUUUUCAUUUUUUCUGAUUAAUGUUUGUAUCACUCGAAGCUUUUUUAUGAUGAAUCCCAGGUUAUACUUUUUAAGUCACUGAAUACAGUUCACACAUAUAAGAUACAUGGUUUUGGAUUUUGUCUAGGCGAGCACUAAAUCUGCGUAAGCUUGACCUACUAGGUUUUGAAAUUUUCUCAAAGAUAUGGCGUAUGGAUAGAAUGAGCAUUGAAACAUAUUUUGUGUGUGCAGAAAUACAGAAAUAUAAUAAACGUUUUCUGUAGCAUUACCAAACCCAAACGGACGUAACGAAAAACUAUGCAGAAAGUAUGUUUAAGGUACACACGCUCUGACUCCACAAAGAUCCUUAGUGUGUUUUCUUUAACAGUACCACGUAUUUGAUCCCGUUUAUCAUGUAGAUCUAAUUAUUUACCGAAAAAUUGCAAAACUAUGCGUUUUUGCUAAAAAUCCAUUUUUAUAAUCGAUGGCUACAUGUGAGCGAAGCUUUGUAUAGUAAGGUAGUUUGGGGCUCUGAAUAUUAGUAUCAUUGUGACAAAAUUUUAAAGUGUAAACGGGAUCUGGGGUGAAAAAUUGGUAAAAAACUAGUAUGCUGGGGCUACCCGUGAAGGCUAAUACUGAGUUGCUAUCGAAUUCAAAAUCUACGCACCAAAUUUACCUAGAAAACGAGCUUCCAUCUGGACCAUACACGCGCUACAGUUUUUGGAGAUUUUUUAUUAGUCGUUUAUUGACAAAGUAGAAUUCUUGCCAGUAUUUCAAAAACGAGCCAUUUCCGGACUGAACGGACCCCGGAUUCGGUUUCAGCGACCCAAAAAACGUAUUAUAGGAAUGGUUGGGCUCACGUUCCCGACUGACCCAUUUUUGCUGAUUUGGAACAUGAUUGCUAAAAAUACAGGACCUGAUUUUAGGAAGAAAAGUUUUUAUGAACAUAUGUAUACUUUAUCUGAAGUCACUUGAAAUAGCAUAAAUACCUUUGGUCGGCGCGUCCUUUGUAAUUUCAUGACGUAUCAUAGGCGUGCGGUCAUUUAUUU